AUGAAGGGCCGAUACCAGGCUGCUGGCCAGACUCUGGUUACUCUGGGCAGUCUCAGUGUGUUCUCUGGAGUCAUCGCUUUCUUUCCUGUCUUUUCUUACAAACUUUGGUUCACAGGAUGGAGUGUUCGGAUUGCUUGUCCUAUCUGGAAUGGAGCUUUGGCCAUCACAGCUGGUGUACUUCUACUGUUGGCUCAGAAGGAGUGGACCCAGAAAUACCUGUGGGAAGCCAGCUUCACCUUUGUGAUUCUCAGCAUUAUGGGAUGCCCACUUCAUUUUGCAAUAGCCUUGGAAUCUGCUCUCCUUGGCCCAUAUUGCUUCUACUCAUUUGCAGGAAUUGCAGGGACCAACUACCUUGGUUAUGCAGUGAUCUUUCCUUUUCCAUAUGCAAAAUUCCCAUCAGUCUGUGUGGACCCACCACACUAUGAAGAGUACCAUCUGACACUUCAAGUCCUUGACCUGUGCCUGAGCUUCGCCAUGCUCUGUACCUCCCUGACUGCACUUAUCAAGCUUUCUGCGAGACUUAUCCAUAAUGGAGACAUAAAUGUAAGUGUCACAAAACGGAGAACCAGCUCUUGUUUUGUCCUGAAUGCUAAAGUGGAAGGUUUGAUAUAA